CGUUGCGCCACGUUUCUGCUCAUGCGCAGUGUUAGCGUCAGCGCUGUUCCGGGGCCGAUGCAGGAGUGUUCAGACAGCCCAAUAACAAACUCGGACCAGGGGAAGAGAAGAACACAUUAUAACAACACCGAAAUCACUAAUUGCAAAUAAGUAUUCCAAUUACACUCUAUUAACUAAAAUAAGCUUCAAAAGCAAGAUGAAUUUCCUGAGAGGAGUGAUGGGAGGGCAGCCCGCGGGGCCACAACCCUCUGGAACCGAGACGAUUCAGAAGCUGUGUGACAGAGUAGCUUCCUCGACCUUACUGGAAGACCGGCGGGAUGCAGUCCGGGCCCUUAAGGCCUUAUCCAAGAAAUAUCGUUUGGAAGUUGCCAGUCAAGCCAUGGGUCAUCUAAUUCAUAUAUUGCAGACAGACAGCUCGGACUCUGAAAUAAUUGGCUAUGCCUUGGACACUCUGUAUAACAUCAUCUCUAAUGACGAAGAGGAGGAACAAGAUGAAUCUGAAGAUGGUGGACCUUCCAGCUCUGGAAAGCAAAGCAGUAAACCUGCACAUGACGAGAGCGGACAGAAGCAAGCUGAUGACCUGGGUUCUCAGUUUACAGAGAUUUUUAUUAAAGAACAAGAAAAUGUGACCCUCCUAUUGAGUCUUUUAGAGGAGUUUGAUUUCCAUGUCCGUUGGCCAGGAGUGAAACUUCUCACAGCCCUCUUAAAGAACCAAUGCUCUCAGGUCCAGGCAGUCAUUCUUGUGAGCCCAAUGGGUGUGUCGAGGUUGAUGGAUUUGUUAGCAGACUCCAGAGAAGUUAUCCGUAAUGAUGGUCUGCUGUUGUUGCAGCAUCUGACUAAAGGCAAUGCAGCCAUUCAGAAAAUAGUUGCUUUUGAAAAUGCAUUUGAGCGACUGCUGGAUAUCAUUACGGAAGAAGGGAAUAGUGAUGGAGGCAUUGUCGUUGAGGACUGUCUUCUUCUGUUAUUGAAUCUAUUGAAGAACAACAGUUCUAAUCAGAACUUCUUCAAGGAGGGCUCAUACAUACAGCGUAUGAAGCCCUGGUUUGAAGUGGGAGAUGAAAACUCGGGCUGGUCGGCACAGAAAGUGACCAAUCUCCAUCUGAUGUUGCAGCUUGUUCGAGUUAUGGUUUCUCCUGUUAACCCGCCUGGUGCUACAAGUAGCUGUCAAAAGUCGAUGUACCAUUGCGGCCUUUUGCAGCAGCUCUGUAGCAUUCUGAUGGCCACCGGUGUACCAGCUGACAUUCUUACUGAGACAAUUAACACUGUGUCUGAGGUCAUCCGAGGCUCCCAGGUGAACCAGGACUACUUUGCUUCAGUAAACGCCCCUUCCACCCCCCCACGACCUGCCAUAGUAGUUCUGUUAAUGUCCAUGGUGAAUGAAAAACAACCGUUUGUUCUGCGCUGUGCUGUUCUCUACUGCUUCCAGUGCUUCCUGUACAAGAAUCAAAAGGGACAGGGAGAGAUUGUUGCAACUCUACUGCCAUCAACUAUAGAUGCCAACUCCAUAUCUGCUGGGCAGCUGCUGUGUGGUGGUCUCUUUUCCACCGAUUCAGUGUCUAACUGGUGUGCAGCUGUGGCUCUGGCCCAUGCUCUGCAGGACAACCUGACACAGAAAGAACAGCUGCUGAGAGUACAGCUAGCAACAAGCCUGGGCAACCCUCCAGUCUCCCUGCUGCAGCAGUGCACCAACAUCCUGUCGCAGGGGGAUAAGAUCGACCGGAGGGGCAGCAAGGUUCAGACAAGAGUCGGUUUGCUUAUGCUGCUUUGCACCUGGAUAAGUAACUGCCCAAUUGCCGUCACUCACUUCUUGCACAACCAAGCCAAUAUUCCAUUUCUAACAGGUCAGAUUUCAGAGAACCUUGGGGAAGAUGAAGAGCUGGUCCAGGGCUUGUGUGCUCUCUUGCUGGGCAUCUGCGUCUAUUACAAUGACAACUCAUUGGAAAACUAUACCAAAGAAAAACUGAAACAGCUGAUUCAGAAAAGGAUCGGGAAGGAGAACUUUGUUGAGAAGCUGGGGUCUAACUGCAAACAUGAACUGUAUUCAAGAGCAGCUCAGAAACCACAGCCAGUCUUUUCCAGUCCGGAGCAAAUGCUGUUUGACCAUGAAUUUACCAAACUGGUAAAAGAACUAGAAGCUGUUAUAACAAAAGCUGUACAUAAGUCCAGCGAGGAGGAGAAGAAAGAGGAAGAAGUAAAGAAGACGCUGGAGCAGCAUGACAGUAUAGUGACACAAUACAAGGAACUCAUUAGAGAACAGGAUGCACAAAUAAAUGAGCUGAAGACACAAGUCUCGUCUAUGAAAACCCAGAAUGAACAGCUGCAAGCUUCAGUGACACAGCAGUUAUCACAGAUACAACAGCAUAAGGACCAAUACAAUGUACUCAAACUAAAGCUAGGGAAGGAUAGCCAGCAACACAAUGGCGAGGGAGCUCAGGUGAAUGGGGUUCAGUUAGAGGAGCUGAGCAGGUUGCAGGAAGAGUUAGAAGAGCUGAAGAAGCAGCAUGGACUGUUACAAGGACAACUGACAGAGAAGGACUCUCUCAUUGAAAAAAUGAAGUCAGAAGGCGCACACCCUGUGGAGAGAACAGCUGGGAGUUCUGAAAACAAUGCAGAGCUACAGAAGGAACUGGAAACUUUGAGAGCCCAAGUGCAGUCCCAGUCUGCUGAGAUUAGCCAGCUGCAAGCUGAGAGACAGGAGCUUUUGAAAAAAGCAGAAACUUCGGCUAUAGUAUCAGCACCAGGAAACACAGACAGUGCUGCAGCAGCAGCCAGAAUUGCAGAACUGGAGAGAAGACUCUCAGAAGUCACAGGCGAGACAGAAAAAAUAAAGGAGGAAGGAAAGAUCUGGUCUGACUCAAAAGCGGCUUUGGAGCAGCAAGUAGCCACAGCAAACAGUUCAGUAGCUAUUCUACAGAAUGAGAAGAGCAAACUUCAACAAGAAGUAGCAGAAUCUAAAAAGGAGCAAGACGAUCUUCUUAUGCUGCUCGCAGACCAAGACCAGAAAAUUCUAACACUGAAGGAAAAGUUAAAAGAAUUGGGAGAACCGAUUGAGGAGGAUGACGACCUAGACUGUAGAGACCAAUAUGAUGAAGAUGAAGAUGACGAUGACGAUGAUGAUUAAUUUUUCAUUCUAAGAAAAGGGCAUCUGUGAGAAGAGAAAUACAUUCUUAAAAAAAAUGACAACUACAUCACAGUAAAGAAGAGGAAAAUCAAGGGGUGGUUCUUGAGCUGAAGUUGUUGAAUGGUUGCAAGAUACACCAACAUUAAUACACUAUUUUAAUUUUAGAUGUUAUUUUAAUAAGAGUUAGACAACUUUGCGAAAUAGAAAGAAAUGAUCUAGCCAUUAUUAUGAGAUUGAAAAAGCACGACUGGUAAAUAUUUUCCAUUGCCCUCCAUGUAAAACAUUUAUUUUAGCAAAUUGUUUACAGGUCUCAUUUGAUGUUUCCUGUUUAUCUGGAAAAAAGGGGUCUCUUUUUUGGCAUAUCACAGGUAUUAAAAUGCAUUUUUAAAUGCAACAAUACAAAAUUAUUUUGAUUACUUUGAAGGCAAAUCUGGAUGAAAAUAAUGCUCUUGGGAAAAGAGUAUUUAAAGCUUGUAAGCUUGUAAGCGGUUCUUUAUUUGUAACUGUGGCUAUACCAGACCCUUGAAUUGACAGUCUCAUUGAAAAUAAAGAGCGCUGCCUGUUCAUGGGAGAAUAUGUACAAUGAAGUGUGCCGCCUUUUAAAAAGCUGCAUUAUACAGUUAGCUGUACAAUGCCUAACUCACAAUGUCAAAAACCAACAUACACAGAAGUGUGCUACCCUGCAACUACCUGCUGAACUUUGAUAUGCCUCCAUUUGAAAUUCUACAAACAAGAGUUUAAUAUUUCUGCAAGUUAUUGUAGCAGCUCAGAUGUCUCCCCAAGUAUGAAACCUGUAUCAUUUAUGUAAUUUAUCGGCUUGUAUGCCAAGAGGAAUUAAAAAAAUGAGUGAAUACACUUGUACUUAAACAAAUGUAAAUAUAAAGGCAUUGAUUAAAUGUUUUAGAAAUAAAUGCUGAGAUGUUUAAUUCGG